AUGGCAAAGAAAGCCAAGUCCCGUACCAUCACCGUCCGUCUCAUCUCCAUGGCCAUGACUGGCUUUUACCGCACAAUGGUCCGGCCGCGUACGCACCGUCCGCUCAGCAUGCUCAAGUACGAUCCCGUCGUGAAGAAGCAGGUCCUCUUCCUCGAGGCGACCAAGGGUGGUCGGAACAAAUAA